CACUGAAUUGAGCUGGAACAACUUGUCACAGCUCGUUACUGAUCCACGAAUCUGCGCAGGGUCCCGGGGUACAGCAGGAAGAGGCUCCCCUUCAAAGUAAAGCAGUUCCGUGCGUCACAGCGCUGUUUGUCUCCGCGGUGAUUUCACUCGAAGCUGAGUUCAGGAAACCGAUACAGCACAGACUCCGUCCUCAUGGACCUGGAAACAGCUCAGCACAGUGAGCCGUGUCUGCCUCUGUGAGGGAGCAACAGGCUGAUUUCUGCCUCAAACCACCGCAGCGAGUGUCUGACACCAUGAAACUGAAUCCACGGGAAGCUCUGCUUUAUGGAGACUGUGUGCUGACGGUGCAGCUUGAUGAGGACGAAGAGAAGGAAGCAGACUUUUACCUGAUUUUCUCUGGGUCUACACAAAGGCACGUGAGCAGCACACUGCGAGUGAGUCAUGUCACACUGCAGGCCGUGUGUCCAGGCCAUAAUGUGUGUGAACAGGUCUUGGUGACACUGUGUUUGGCUCGCCCUGAUGGAUCAGUGGACACACACUCGCAGCAGACCUUCUCCUUUAUACAGAGUCCACAGGAAGCUGAGAGCCUGGCCCUGAAGCAUGUCAGCCAGCCUCACCGCAGGACUGCACCACAAGCACCCUGCAGCACACACACAGAUGUGCAGAAGGGAACGGUCACAGUGACGGACACGAACAGACCCGACACACGGAUGGAUGUCGCCUCAUUUUGGAGCAGCUGCCCUGCUGUGUGUGAGCACCAGCAGCCCUCCAGCCUGCUGCAGCUCGCAGCCAGUCAUGGUCUGAAGACGGCACCAGCAUUCCUCCUGCAGCAGCCCGCAGGGAAAGAGGCAUUGCGAAGGACGAACACUCAGGGUUCAGCUCCAGCAUGUCUUGCAAAGAGCAGAGGGAAGCAGCCACUUCUGGAGCUCUUCACGCACUAUGCAACGCUCCCAGAUGUUCAAGCGGAAGCUGAGGAGACACUGCAGGUUUACCCCAAAGGUCAAGUGUUUCAGUACCAUGCCAGUGUAGGUACCUACACCCUAACCUUCCUCCUGCAGAGGGAGGGGGACACAGGGACAGACAGCAGGGGGCGCUGCUGUUUACCGGAGGAAGUGAUGGAGCUGAGGAGGCUGAUGGAGGGUCACAAAUCCACCGUGAGUUCAGGCUUCCACUUGUUGGAGGAGAGAACACAAGGGGACGACUCGGCUGCUGUCAGUCAAACAUCCUGUACCAGUGGAGGUCUUUGUCAAAGAGAGGAAAAAGGGUGGGAACACCAGGGCACAGCAGCUGCCCGCACUGGGAGGAAGAAGAAAAACAAAAAGAGAACCGCCAAAGUCACAAGACCUGCAGCAGAGUCUUCAGGAAACCAGAGCCGAGAAAGUGCACGGAGGCCCCGCACAGCUACAGGAAGUGGAACUCUCUCACCAAGACAACGAGCAGUGGCGACUGUGACUAAUGUCGGAGGAACACAAGAAACUCCAUCACCCAUAAGGCCAGUAUUGGGACCAGGUGUUGAAAGGAAGUGUGCUGGCAGGAAGGUGGUUGCCUUGCCUACGGCCAGUGUCGUAGAUAAACAGGAAGGCCAGAAACAGGAAGUGGAGCUGCCGAUGCGUAAGCUGGUGUCAAAGACAGGAAGAGACACACAAAGUGUCAGCGCAGAAAUCACAGUGGAAUCAGCUGCAGAUGGGACAGUGGCCAUGGGUCAGGAGCAGUCCCAGGACAGUCAGACAGAGCAAGAGGAGCCAAGCCCAGUCGGCACUAUGGAGAAAAGUCCUUCAUCUGACACGGGAGCCAGCCCCGAGUCCACACAUGCUGAAAGGAAAGGCAGGAGAGUGCUAUGGCGGGAUGGAGGCUGGACCGGAAGCAUAAUGGGACCAGAAGCAGCAGGAAAAACCAUCUGGUAUAAGGAAGAAAACUUCGGACAAGUUUCCAGUGAAGAUUCCAGGAGAACAGAAGUGAACUCGCAGUCAGUCUGGUACGACAGUGGCACCACGGGUGAGAGAAUCCCCGGACAGCAGGAGCAAGGAGUGACACAGAAGAGAAACUGCGAUACGAGCUCACCUCAAGCUUUAGGUCUUAGUUCUCCACAGCUGUUAGAGCAGGCUCUGUCUGCAGCUCCUAGUCAGUCACAUGCUGCUGGAAACCUGCCAGCGCUGUCACAUGGGCCACACGCACAAAGACGGGAAGUGCAGCGAGAGGAGGAAGUUAGGUCAGACUGGGAGAAGGCAGGAGUGGAAGGAGACAGAGAAGAGGCCAGUAACAGAGAGACGAGUUUCAGCAGAAGGAUUUGUGAAACAGCAGGCGCUGAAGAGGGAGGAGAAAAACUAGCAACGAGCAAAAAACGCAGGAGAAAGAAGAGGGGGAAGAGAGGAGGUGGAGAAGCCAAACUUAGCUCCUGCUCUAGUACAGAAUCUCAGGGUCACACAGAGAUUCAGUCAGAAAGCCAAGAAGCAACAGACCCCGGCAUCCAGUCACAGACGCAGACUGGGAGGACAGACGAUUGCUGCCUCCCUGAUUCUGAGCCGGCCCGGAAGCAGGAAGCUGAUGACGAUGCCAUGCACCUACCCGGCCACACGGAGAUCCAGGCCCGCAGCGCUCAUGGAGCUGGCGGUGAUGUUACAAGCUCAGUCUCUGGUUUCAUGGCUGAAGAGCUCAGUCACACUGAGCAUCUGACAGCACACUCCACUCCAGUUACAGCUUCACACACAGAAAGAAGAAAGGACUCAUCGGAGGAUGAGACCGUGAGCUCAGAAUUCGGUGAAGCAGAUGUCAGUACGGUGGACAUAAAGAUAAAUACAAGUGUGCAGCUGGAGGCAACACAAGGACGUGACCCUGGAGAGCUGGAAUCACAGAUGCCUGCCAUUCCUGCCCAGCCAGCACCGGAUAAUGCUGAUCUUAAGGCUCUGCCACCAAACGAUGAUCUGACCGUUACUUGUACAGCCACAGAGUCUGGGAUCCAGAUCGAGUUAGAAAACUCCAAGUAUCCAAAGGAAUUUGUUAAACAGUCGGAGGAUACAGAGCUCAGGGAGGAAAAGCCAGGACACUCUGUGGAUCCCACAGGAACACCAGCAGGACUUGUUGAAUCUGUGCGUCCCACAGAAGCUGCUUUUGUACCAGCUGACGAUAGAGCGGAUGUUGCUCCCCUUCACAUUCAGGAAGGAAGCACUGAGAGCACUGCAAGGGAAUAUUUAAAGCAUUGUUUGGCCCCUGAGAUGCUGAGAGGUCAGCAGCACACGGAAAAAAUGAGACAUGACAUGUGGGUGGGCGUAGAGGGAGGAGUUGAGGAAAGAAGCCAGAGUGGCGACGAGGACAGUGCCACAGAGGCGUGCUCCAUGGAGCGAGGGCGAGCGGUGAAGCAGAACUAUGAUGAAGAUGUGGUUGCUGCUGCAGUAGCUGUUGUAGCAGUAGCAAUAGCAUCAGCAGUGGUUAGCAUAGAAGUUAGCCAACAUUUAUUAGACAAUAUGUCAGAGAGUCAAGUGUGUGCUGGCAAAGAAGCAGGAACCAGUCCAUCAUUAGCUAAGGGGAGCGGUGCAGUCGGCCUCAGCACGACUCAGUGCUCACAGCUGGCUCCACAGCUGAUCGCCAGAGCUGACACAGAAAACCAGCCUGCAGCACACUCUCACCUCACUAACCACAUCACGUCUAUAGGACAAGUGUGUGUUCACACAGCAGAGGAAUCUUGUAUAACUAACACAGACGAUCAGGCUAACAGUGACCUUCCUUCAUCUGCUGAAGCUCUUCAGUUACCAAAACAGCCCAAAGAGGAAAUUCAAAAAGAAAGUCUGCACAGCAAAGUCUUUACAUACUCACCACCUAAAGAAGAAGAUAACAGACCUUUGCCAGAGGUGAUGACAGCUAAGGCAGACGGAGAGAGCCAGUCCCACUGUCAGAAUCCACUGCUCACAGAGCACAGAGAGCCCAAAGAUCAGGCUGCCUGUCCUGAAGAGGGAGAUGGACAGCAGCACUUUCAAACAAGAGAGAUCCCCGAUCAAGACGGCGGUCACUCUGUGGAGUGCAAAGAUGCUGAGUGGCAGGAUAGAUCAGAAGAUAGUGAGUGCUGUGCAGACCUGUCAGCCUCACACUCUCACACUCCAGGAAAGGAGAGCCAGCCACAGCUGGUUAUAAUGCCACAUCAGAGUGGUUCAGCACUUCCUGUUACCCCCAGUAACCCAGCUUCCCUAGCUAGUCCCACUCCACAGGAAACUACCGCUCCUGUGGAAUCAGCUGAACUUCUGUCAUCAGCAAAUGGCAAUAGUCUUACUGCAAGCCAUCCUGAAGCUGACGGUGGCACAAACCAAAGAGAAGCUCAUGACUGUGUCCGUGUGAACCCUGAGGAUGGUGUAUUUGAAGGGCUGGAUACAGUGGAGAAAGGAGGAGAAGUGGAGAAGCUCACAGUGGAGGACACAUCCCACACAGGAGCAGCAGAGCAGGAGCAGAGAGGCUGGGACAGCGCACACACUCUGCAGAUCCAGAGAGAAAGCCAUGUGCUCUGUCCUGUACAGCCCAGUCUUGAACACAACGCAAUAACACCACGUACAGAUAUUCACACAGACCGAGGAACGUGUGUAUCGCUGUGUUUGGUGCAGGGAGAGUCGGUGGUGGAAGAUGGCCUGAACGUCACUCCUGUGCUGGAUGAUGGUCUAAUUCACAAGCCUGAGGCUCCUCAGACUGGUGUUGGGCACAUGGACAGCCAGGCCUGUGGCGCCCACUCCUCCACUAAUAAUGCACUGAUGCAAGAAGCUGUCAGUCCCGGCAAAGCAGCUUUGUCAGGGGACACAUCUGGCGCUGUGUCCCCUCAGAGCUCCACACUGUCCUGGAUGUCAGAAACGGAGGACAGAGGAGGAGGAGGAGAAAGAGGAGGAGAGGUAGAGGGAGGAGGCGAUGAAGAAGAGAAAAAAGACCAGCUUCCAGAAACUCCAGUGUCAUCAGCUGUCUUGCGCAAAUCCAGUCGCUCCUUGUCUCCGUUGCGUCGCCAUAGCUGGGAGCCGGGCAGGACCAACACAGCCACACACAUGGAGCUCUCACAGAGCAGUCCGCCUGCCCCUUCCUUCAGCUCACUGAAGACCAUUUCAGGAGAGGUGAAACAAGUCAAGACCCCUCUCCACAGAAGAAGUAUGAGCUGGUGUCCAUCCAACCUGGUUUUUCCUGAUCAGGAGCAAAUAGACAGCAGAAGCCACAGUCUAGAAAGUCUAGAAGUGGGCACAGCAGUGGUGCAGGACCAGACACAGCAUGCCAGCAUCAGUGAUCAGGAGGUGGUGGCUGCAGGCAGGAGUUCACAGGUGGAGAGCCUGGACAGGGGGUCUCUGGCCUCCCUAACCGAGGAGGAGCAGGAAGGAGACAGCAGCAGCAUUGAUAGCCAGACAUCAUUGAUUGUCAGCUAUCCUGCCAUGUUUCAUCAUCCAACUCUCACCAAAUCCAUCUCCAUGGUCACCGUCACUCAGCGGGACGUACAGGCGAGUGGGUUUCCUCCAUCAAAGCGACGAAUCAGCUUCUCUGUCAGUAUCUCUCCGCUCCUCCCAAAAACUAGACGCUUCUUUUCCAUUGGCUCUUCCUCCAGUGAUGAGGAGGAGGGAGGGAGUGUGAACUCAUUCUGCAGUCACUCUGGGUCACUGGCAUCCAGUAUUUCAGAGGAUGAGCCAGGUCCCCUGCAGAGCGAAACUGAGGGAAAAGGAGGGCCUAAAAUUGGUCGGAGAUUCAGCUACCUCCGCAACAAGAUGAGCAAGAAAGUCAAGGACAAGGAGAGGAGGGGGGAGGGUAAGCAAGAGAGCAAAGCACGAGAAAAGGCCCCCCUGUGCCCCCACAGCUCCACGCUGUGUCAGCACAGCGGCAGACUCCUGUGCAAUAAGGAAACGUUCUUCUGCAACAACUGUGGGGUCCUCGUCAGUGACAGAUCCACGGAGAGCCCGUCUGUCUGUGCAAAGAACAGAAUAAAGCAAGCAGCGGUGCCAGAAGGCGUUCCUGGGUCGUCUGUUAACACGAGGAGUAAAACUACAUCUUCUACAUCAUCGCUGUCGUCAAGGUCCUCAUCGUCACGUUGGUCAACAGUAACAAUGCCCGACGACCACCUUCCUAUGCUGUCUCCGAGAAGAAACCGCAGAACCUUCAGCCCUCACAGCAACCUGGCUAAGAGCAUCUCCAGUAGCAACAUACCAUCGUUAGACGAUGCUGCACUCAAGCGCCUCAAAGUGCUGUCCCAGUCCACCGACUCUCUCCAUCAGGGGAGCAAAGUCAACGCUUCAACUGAGUCUCUCACUGAUGAAGGUACUGAGAUCACUGACACCCAGCUGAUGGAGUUUGAAAAUGACAUUAAAGAUCUGGAAGCUGAUUCUUGGAGCGGCAUGGUGGAUAAGAAGUUCUUGAAGUCCCUGAAGAAAGAUGAAGUGAAGAGACAAGAUGUCAUUUAUGAGCUGUACCAGACAGAGGUUCACCAUGUGAGGACUCUGAAGAUUAUGUCGGAAGUGUAUCACAAAGGCCUUCAGAAGGAGCUGCAGCUUGAUCUUCAAACUCUGAACAAGAUUUUCCCUGUUUUGGACGAUCUCUUGGAGUUACACACAGAAUUCCUCUCAUUGCUCCUGGAGAGAAAAAGAAAUGCAUCAACUGAGAGACAGAAGAGCAACAACUUCCUCAUCUGCAGCAUUGGAGACAUCUUAGUUAAACAGUUUUCAGGCUGCAGCUCUGUCCGCAUGACGAAAGUUUAUGGGAAGUUUUGCAGUCGCCACAACGAAGCCGUCAGUCUGUACAAAGAACUGCACGCCAAAGAUAAACGCUUCCAGGCUUUCGUCAAGAGAACAAUGAGCAGCAGUGUUGUGCGGCGGCUCAGCAUCCCAGAGUGCAUUUUGUUGGUGACUCAGAGGAUCACCAAAUAUCCUGUUCUGAUCCAGAGGAUCCUUCAGCACACCAAAGAGUCAGAUAAGGAGCACGGCUUGGUUUCUGACGCGCUGCGCCUUGUGAAGGAGCUGAUUACGGCUGUGGAUAAUAAAGUCAACCAGCAGGAGAAGAAACAGCGCCUGAAGGAGGUGUACAGUCGCACUGACAGUAAGUCCAUCAUGAGGAUGAAGAGUGGUCAGAUGUUCGCUAAAGAGGACCUGAUCAGAGGGAGGAAGCUGCUGCACGAUGGAGCGCUGCAGCUGAAAAACUCUGCAGGAAGACUCAAAGAAGUCCAUGCCAUGCUCCUGACAGAUGUGCUGGUCUUUCUUCAGGAAAAAGACCAGAAAUAUGUAUUUGCCUCAUUGGACCAGCGCUCCACGGUCAUCUCCUUACACAAACUCAUUGUUAGAGAAGUGGCAAAUGAGGAGCGAGGUCAGGAGAAAGAUAAGGAUGAGGGACUCCCAAGUGAGACGGAAGAAGACCGGAGACACCAGGAGAACAGAGCAAAGGAGAUCCGCGAGCUUCUGCAGAGGAAGGAUGAGCAGAUUAUCAGUUUAUUGGAGGAGAAGAUACACAUCUUUAGAGAGCUGGGUAACUGCAGUCUGUCUCCAGAGGAUGCUAACACAUCGGUCAUGGAGCGGAUGUUGUUCAGAGCCACACCUGAUAACGUCACCAAAGGAGAGCCGGUCAUAAAUGAUGCUGUGAGAGAAGUGGAGGCCCUGCAUGCUUUGGUCAGCGGAGGUUUUGGUGCAGCGGCCUGCGGUCCAGGCGGCCUGACAGGGGGCGCCGUGGGACCAGUCUGCCUGCCCAGACGAGCAGAGACGUUUGGAGGCUUCGACAGUCAUCAGAUGAACAGCAGCAAGAAUGGAGAAAAGGAAGAGGGAGAGGAGUCAGUGGACCUCCGCAGGACUGAGUCCGACAGCGUGCUGAAGAAGGUAGGGAUGUGUGUGUUUCACAUACGGUUAUUCAUCUCAUUUAAGACGAAUUAUUUCUUUAAUACGUUCCUGCAGAUUGAGGACCAGAGGCAAGCCCUGAACAGCCAACUCAGCACCACCUCCUCCAGACAGUCCAUCUCUUCCUCCUCCUCCUGCUCCUCGCUCUCAUCCUCAACUAGCUCGCGCCCCUCCUCCCUCAUUGAGCAGGAGAAGCACAGGAGUUUGGAGAGGCAGCGGCAGGAGGUGGCCAGCCUGCAGAAACAGCAGGCUGCACAUCAGGAAGAAAAGAGGAAACGAGAGAGAGAGUGGGAGCUGAAAGAGAGAGCUCUGGCAGAUCGGGAGGAGAGGCUGGGGGAGGAAGAGGAGCAGACGAGGCGGAAAUGUCGGGAGCUGACAGAAGAGAUGCAGAUGUUACAGAGGAGCAAAGAAGAGUACCAGAGAGACGUGGAGUGGCUGAGGGAGGCGCAGAGGAGGCUGGAGAGAGACGAGGAGGCUCUGAGGAGAGACAAUCAGAAGGUGGACGCAAAUAGAGAGCAGUCGGAGGAGCUUCAGAGGUACCAGCGCAUUCUCUCCACAAACUCAGACGACUCCUUAAGGUUCCACAGCACCGGGUCCCUGGAUCUGGAUUCAAAAGAAAUAGCAGAACAAGCCAAAGAGGUGGAGCUCUCAUCCUCCGCCCCAACCAAAGAACCUUUCCUCCGCAUUGGAUCCAAGAGGAUGAGCAAAAACUUCAACCCCUUCUCCUCUAAGGCUCAGGGAGCAGAGAAGGAGUCCCAGCUCCCCUCCAGACUACUUCAACUGACCAAAUCCAAAGAGAAGAAGGAGAAAAAGAAGAAAGGAAAAGGAGGGAAGGACGCACAGACAGAGAACAAAUGUGCAGUGAUGUUGGAUUCUCCAAAUGACAGUGACUUCUUCAUCUGAGGAGCGAACUCCUAACACCCAGUCGCACAGCUGACAGUGUGUGUCUGCCUCUGUCUGCUUGGCCCCAGACAUUGCCCCGGCCUUCCCGUCACACAGACUGUACCAUCAAAGGUCAAAGGUCAGGCAGGGUAACACACUGACUUAGCUGAAGUCUUUCCCAAGGUAACAGACUGCUCUGGAGACUAUCCUGCCCACGCUCCAAUAAUGCCAAACUGGAUGGAUUCAGAAGAGUUUGUCCAGCAGCAGGUCCUGGAAAAGCUUAACUUGACCAAUCACAAGCAAGAUUUCUUUUAAGUGUUGCUGAAGCUAACUUUGGUUGCUUGUUGUGCACUCCUUACUUGUAGAACACACACACACACACACAGCAGGUUAAACCAUCAUUCACUGUGAAUGAAACAGACCCCUUAAAUUAAAAAAUCUGUGUUUAUUUGAUCUUGAGCUGAAGUGCCUUCCAUGUGUCUGGCAGCAGGUAUACGUGUAGCAGCAGUUAAUCUGAUUUGUAACAAAGUACUGAUGAAAUGUACAUUAUACAGAGCUGACCGUGCACUGUUUACAUGUCAGUGUAGCAAGCUUCCUGCUCAUUUCAUUGGUCCUUCAUUUCUGCCCAAGCUAUCAUUUCAGACCCGGCAGCGACAUAUUUAAAGUAUGCACUGACCCGGGCUCUCCCAUCACAGUCACCAAACUCUUAUACGCUGAUUUAAAUUAAACUUAAGAUUUUAAUAACGAAACUGGACAUUUUAUUAGACAGAUGGUUCACAAACCCAGCCAUGAGUGAAAUCAAAGGACAACUGUUAUAUUAGAACACUACAUACCUCUGCAUGUGGACAAGGGUCCACUCUAACCCCCAUUUCUAUUGCCUUUAUUCACCCUCACAAAGCCCUGCCGGUGUGCAUAACACACCCAUCAUACACUGGACACCCACAGGCUCGUGUGCUCCAUCCACCUGUGUGGGGAAUGACAGUCGAGGUCGAGACAGUGCUUUAUUUACUGCUGCACUCACUUGUUAUGUUUACUCUACAUGAAGCUUAAUAUUCCUAUUCUUUUUAAUAAAAGCACCUGACUCAUACUAAACAGCCCAAGUGCUGAAAAGUGGAACAAACACGUGAGAAGAAGACUUCUGUGAUACACACCACUGGUUUGAAUCUGCUUGUGUGCAUUCCCCUGUGUUGACAGCUGCUUCUCGUCAUGACAAAAAUGGCGUGUCCUAGCUGAACUGCUCCUCUUUCAACAACAGAUAACAGAGCCAUUACGAGGAAGCCAGUCAAACAUGCCGAAGAGAAGAGUCCAUUAAAUAUUCAUCACUUGUGCUUCUGUUUUUCUGCAGCGUUAUGUUUCCAGAUAACUGGAUUCUCCCAGUGCAUCACACAGGGAGGCUCGCUCAGGGCGUGUACAUGAUUAUAUGUAGCCUUUAGUGUCAUAUUUCCGAGGGUGGGGUUAAUGCAGCAAAAGUGCUUUAGCGCUGCUCUAACCAGGUAGUACUCUAACCAAACAGCAGAGGUGAGAACAAAAGUUAACAAAUAAAACCAACACUGAAAGACUGACACUCCUGCAUUACACUUUCAAGCACGUGGUGCUCUGUGACGCUGCUGUAGUGUCUGCUCACAGAUAACAGAGGACAGAGAUGGCAGCACUGGAUGCUCGUCAGUGACAGCACAGUGGUUUAACAGAGACGUGAGGAACUAGUCAGCAGUAAGAUCAGGUAUAUAAACAGUACAUGCUAAAUUGUGUAGUAUUUUUACACCAGCAGCAGUCUGACCUUUGUUUACACGGCCUCUUUGAAUAGAGGCUGAUGAGAUUUUGAUGAGAGGUUAAAGAAGCAUUUCUGCUAAUAUCCAUUUCUUUUUAGUGCAGUAAUUCAAAAACUGAGGAAAUGGAGUUUUAAAAAAUAGUUUUGCACUUGGAUGGAAGUAUGUGUGGGUGUAGUAUAUGAGCAGCAGGUAAAUGACUGAGAAGAAACCAUUAAGGAUGAUGCAUAACAAGCCCAUUAAUACAUUAGUCAUGUUUUUGUGUUGAGUGGCACAAAUCAUGUUAACCCUGUAAAGCCUGAACCAAUCAUUACUAGAAAAUUACAUUUAUAAAACAAAUGUAGUUCAUUAAAACUACUGACAAUUUUUCUUAAAGAACUUAAAUAUUAUUUUGCAUAUAUGUGGUUGUUUUUAUUUAGUUUUUUUUUACUAUUUAUUGUUGAUUUGUUGAGCAAGUUAUUUGUUUUUCGGCGGGGAGAAAGUCUCAAAAACUCAUCAAAUAUGAAACACUUGGCAUUAUAGGGUUAAAGACACGUUUCACCCUCACAACUAAACAGAUGUUCACUGAUGUAUUUUAGUGGAGCAGACACUCCAGCACCACCCACCCACCCACCACACAGCAGUACAGUGCACAGUGUUAUCAGUGUACACUGAUCCCUCAACAAACAAGCUCAGUCACUGACACGGCCUCUGUGUUGUUCCCGUGCACUAAAAAUAUUUCUAAAGCCAUUAAAAAUGAAAGUUUCACCAUCUUUUUCGCUGUGUGUGGGAUCGUCUUGAAAUGUUUUUGGAAUAAAAACACGAGGUACAAAGUUUCUGUUUUAUUUCCAAAGAAAACAGAUGGAGGCAGAGCAACACAUUUUGUAAAUAUGUACAAAUUUCAAGUGAGAGAAAAGCUUUAUUUGUCUACUUUCUUCCUGAUCUGGAAAUGUAAUGUUCAAUUCUAAUAAAUUACUAUGCUAUUGUCA